AUGAAUUUCAAUAACAGUUUAACACUUUUUGCUUUAUUUCUUUGCUUCGUCUUAAUUGAGUCAUGUAGCUGUAAAGACCAGGAAGCCAAUUCAUCAGCAGUGCCAACCUUGGAUCCAAGGAUUUUAGAGUUCAGUACACAGAUAGAGAAAGAAAGGAGAACAAAUGAUUUAAUACAAAUGUCACUUUUUACUGGGACAAUUAUAACAGCUAUUCUUUCAGUUAUAGGAUUUGUUGUCCAUGAUCAUUUUAGGUUUGUCAAAUAUGUAAAUGAAGAAGUAAAAAAUGGUUAA